AUGUCUCAAUAUAGAGACCCGCAUUCUGAGCAGGAGCAAGGAGGUUACAACCAGCAAUAUGGUGAUGCAUCAUAUAACCCAUACAAUACCAGGCAGCCACACCAGGCGUACGACCAAGGCGGCUAUGAUCCCCAUACAAUGGGCGAAUACAGAGACGACCCCAAUGCGAACCCACAAGCUAUCGCUACAUCGUAUGCUCCACCAGCACAGGGGGUAGACCCUUACGGGCAAUCAAACUAUGCAAAAGAAACUGGACGAAAACAUCAAGAUUUCAAGACCUGGAGAGGCGAGAACAAUGCUGGUCUAUGGACAAGGGGCAGCCGAGUUAGCUGCAUAGGGAGGUUCUGCUGUUGCACGCUGAUGAUUGCUGUCUUCCUCAUAAUCAGCAUACUGCUUGCACUGCUCAUGUGGGUCAGUCCUCCGGAUGCUAUCGUUGGCAACGUAGGGCCGUCUACCACUCAAAAUGCGGUUCAACUAAACUCGGGAAGCAUCACUGUUAACCUGGGCAUCAAUCUAACUGUUGUCAAUCCAAAUUAUUUCGGCGUGUCUUUCAAGUCCAUAAACGCAAAUGCAUAUUACCCUAUCAACAACACUCUUGUCGGAACUGGCCAGGAGAAUGCCAUCACCUUCAAUUCCAAGUCAGAAACCAACUUCACCUUCCCAUUUGCGCUGGAAUUCAGUACAAAUAUGACUUCGAGCACAGCAAUUUUAAGUGAUCUCGCUACAAAAUGCGGUGUGGGUGGUGGAGCAGUGCAAGAUAUUACAGUCGAUCUUGAUCUCACGCUUGGAUUACGCGUCUUAUUUUUCGUGAUUUACCCGGUGCUGAGCAUUCCCGCCAGUUUCGCAUGUCCGAUAUCUGCUUCAGACAUUUCGGUAUGA